AUGGACGGGCCACAGCGGUUAUCGCCCAAUACCCAGAAGCAGGGCCGUCGCCGACGUUCCAGCAGUCUCAUCUACCAAGAGCCUCCCGAGUCCAUCGAGCACACCAGCGAUCAAGCUGCUUUACCGAAUCUCAAUGCCAACUGGGUCAAUGCUAAGGGCGCCUGGACUAUCCAUUUCGUUUGCAUUGCCGCUCUCAAAAUAUUCUAUGAUAUUAUUCCCGGCGUCUCACAGGAGACCUCAUGGACCCUGACCAACAUCAGCUACAUGUUUGGUUCCUUCCUCAUGUUUCACUGGGUGCGGGGCAUCCCAUUCGAGUUCAAUGCCGGCGCCUACGAUAACUUGAACAUGUGGGAGCAAAUCGACAAUGGCGACCAGUACACUCCUACUAAGAAGUUCCUGCUCUGCGUUCCGAUUGUGCUCUUCCUCCUAAGCACCCACUAUACCCACUACGACCUGACAUACUUCACCAUCAACGUUCUGGCGACGCUUGGUGUGGUUAUUCCGAAACUGCCUUUCUCGCAUCGUUUGCGAAUAGGCUUAUUCUCCGAUUUACCAGACGAGUCAUAA